CGAAACUAAAACAUAGGGCCAUUUUCACGAACAAAAAUCUCCUCCACUUCUCUUUUUUCCCCCUCCCUCUGCUGAACCUUCCGGCCGUCAAUCCCCUCCCAAUCUGCUGUUUUUCUCUUCUCCGGCCAGCAUUUCCAAGAGCAGCUCACGGGACUCCGGCGAAUAUCAACGAUCGGCGGCGGCGUUUUUCCGAGCUUCUUCUGAUUUACCCGUUCCUGGCGAUUGGCGAGCUACACUAGCCCUCGUCGUCGACGGUGCUCGAACAGACGGCGACCCACACAUCCAUAGUUCUCCAGUGGCGCUGCACUGUGCCAAGUGACUCCUCUCCUGCAACCGACGCACAAACGAAACGCAGGCGGCCCAUCAAACCCACGCAAUCGGACUCGAAGCAACAGCGUUGUUAAUCUCGGAGGUCAGCUUCGGCGACUGCCCACGCUUCAAUCGGCCCUGAAACGGAUUACCCAUAGGCUGUGGUGGUCGAUUUUUUGAAAUCGAACACAAUCAUAACACUUUUCGAGUCCUCUUGGGCAUUUGCAUCUGCACUUACAGAACAAUCAUGUCAGGAAGAUCAAAUGGAUGCACCAUAUACGUUGGUAAUUUUGAUGAAAGAGUAAGUGAAAGGGUUCUUUAUGACAUUCUAAUCCAAGCUGGGCGGGUUGUGGACUUGCACAUUCCUCGGGACAAGGAAUCUGGCAAACCUAAGGGUUUUGCUUUUGCAGAAUAUGAAAGUGAGGAGAUUGCCAACUAUGCUGUUAAGCUUUUCUCUGGUCUCGUGAAUCUUCAUAACCGUACCUUGAAGUUUGCAGUAUCUGGUCAAGACAAGCCUUCACCUGGUAGUAAUGCAAUCACUUCAUCAAGUAUAUCUAAUAAAUCAAGGUCGCAGAUUUUUUCAGGUUACUCUAAUGAAAUAUCUCAAUAUUCCAAUCGCUUUUCCACAUCAUGUAGGUUUACGACAUAUCCAGAGAACCAUCUAGAAGCUUUAACAGAACCCAUACUGAAGCAUUUUGAUUUUGUGGAAUCACCAAGAAUUUGAAUUAAGGGAGGUUCUACAACUGUGAUCAGUAUAAGCAUAGUUUACCAUAUAGAGGCCAAACUAACAAUGCAUCCAACAGCAAUGAUCUGUUUCUAGAAUGCAUUUCUAGAUCUCUGUUCUAGAAAGCUAUACAGGUAACAACAAAGGUGGUUUGACUGGGGCUUUCCUUUCAUUACUUCUUUGGCAACGAGGGAACCGCGUCUGCAUCUGCAUCAAGUGGUGGAACGCACUCCUUAGCCGAAUUGGUUGAAGGAGAGCGAAGAGGCGGCAACUCUCCUAAUCCAUCCCACGAGGAAUGGUUUCUUGUGCAAAUGCGGUUCGACUGGUGGCUUCCCUUUGAUUAAAUGUAUAUCUUCCAUAUAAUUGUAACUAGAAUUGUUUUUCUGCUUAACAAACCGACUUCAACGGGGUAGCAACCAGAUGGUUGCGCUUGUAGAAAAUCUAGAGCUGAUAUUGGUCAUAAGAAUGGGUUCAAUGACUUGUCUAGAUUUACAUUGCGAACGGCAGGAGCUUCCAGACAUAGUUGGGGAUAGGGAUGUACAUGGGUUCGGUUGAGGGUAUUUUUUGGACUUACCUGUAAUUGACAACCCAAAUAACCCAAAUGAAGUUUCCAAUCCAAUCCAAA